UGUUCUUCCUGCAGGCCGGGAGCGACAUCGACAUUUGGUGACCCGCACGGGGACUGAUCAACCCCGAGACACGGCGGUGGUGUGCAACGCUCCAGCGUGGUGCUGCCGGACAGGAACCGGGACGAGAACCAUUGUGGGUCCCAGAAAGACUGACGCGUGCGACAAGCCCUUCGACUGAAGACUAAUCCUGUCCUGCCGGAGACCAGCAGCAGGCCUGACAGCCAGAUGAACCCGAAAAAGGCUGCUUUUUUCGUUGGGGGCGUUGUCCUAGCACUCCUCAGGAUAAGUAUGGUACAUGCGGGGCUGGGGGGCCCCGCUUCUGGAAUAGAUCUUCGCACGAGCCUUCUUGGCAGUCCGUGCGAUUGCGGAGGUGGCACGGUAAGCAGUAUACCACCUAGCGCCAAAAAAGGACCAGGGACCGAUUGUGGGGAUAAAACAGCAUUCUCAGUUGUGUACCCCUCCACUGCAGGAGGAUUUAGUCAACCAUCCUAUCAGUGCAUACUUAAGCCUAAGGUGAGUCCCUCAGGGCCUGGUGAUCUCGCCACAUGUCCCUGCACUAAGUUUGAGGAAUCCAUGCAUGUUACAUGCUAUGCAGAGACAAAACAAUGCAAACUUAAGAGUACAACCUAUUGGAUGGCAACGCUAACUACAACUAAAAGCCCUGUUGCCCCUAACCAUAUUCCCGCUGCUGUAGGCAGUUCUCCAUUCAUGCAGUCGGGUUGUAAUGGAGAGGUUGGAGAAACGGUCUGUUGGUCUAUGACCGCUCCCGUUCACAUCUCUGACGGUGGAGGGGUCCAAGACCAGUACCGGCAGGAACAGGUCAUCGAGCGAUGGGAACAAUUAAAUCCGUUCCCUGAAGUCAAUUACCAUCCACUCCUACGCCCAAAAUCCCGAGGCAUUAACCUUGACCCCGCUACUGAAUCCAUAUUAGAGGCUACCCACAAAGCACUCAAUCUUACUGACCCAGGGCUGGCCUCCGAUUGUUGGCUGUGUAUGAUGAUGGGAGAAUCAUGGCCGCUGGCCAUGCCGUUUAGAGACUAUGAAAGUGAACCUUACAAUUAUAGCACACCCUAUAAUUGCUCACAUGGGCCUCCAUUUCGGGUCCAGUUUAUGGGACAGUUUAAUGCAUCCUGUUUCCAAAAGUACCCACAAAAUAAUAGUUAUGAUAUUGUUGUUGGAGCGCUGGCAGUCGCCUCGUGUGAGUCCAUAACCAAUGUAAGUAGUAGCUCGCCGCUAUGUGCCCCCUUUGGCAAAGUAUUUGCUUGCGGCAAUGGUCAUGCUUAUACCUACCUGCCCAGUAAUUGGACCGGCCUAUGUGGCCUAGCUUACUUGUUGCCUGACAUUGGUAUUGUCCCUGGGGACCAACCCAUGCCCAUCCCAGCUGUGGACACCUUUAUAAAAAGACAUAAGAGAGAUGUACUGAUUUUACCUCUCUUGGCUGGUCUGGGGAUAACUGGAGCCCUGGCCGCCGGGACUGCGGGCCUAGGAGUUUCAUUAACCAAAUAUACUCAGUUAUCCAAGCAAUUGAUAGAAGACAUGUCUAUAGUUGAGAGAACCCUUCAGGAGAUACAAGAUCAAAUUGAUUCCCUUGCAGAGGUUGUUCUGCAGAAUAGAAGGGGCCUAGAUCUACUCACUGUAGAGAGGGGAGGUAUCUGUAUUGCCUUACAGGAAAGAUGCUGCUUUUAUGCCAACAAGUCCGGAAUUGUUCGAGACCGAUUAAAGAAACUGCAAGAAGACCUAGAAAAGAGAAGAAAAGAACUACAAGACAACCCCUUUUGGGGAGCCUGGAAUGGCUUGCUCCCCUAUAUUUUACCAUUGUUAGGUCCCCUGUGCUCCUUGCUUCUGCUCUUACUUAUAGGACCAUGCUUGCUCCGAUGGGUCACAUCAUUUAUUAAUGGGCGCCUUGCGGCGGCCCGGCGUCAAGUACGCCUGGUUGCCCAUGCGGCCCUGGCAGCAGCCCGUGAUGGGCACAAUGACCCCCAGGCCUACGCAUGGCUCACUCGACUGGCCUACGACCGGGUCUAGGUGUGGCGGGUCUUC